AUCUUAAUAACGACAACAACCAUGACAACAACAACAACAACAACAACCCAUCUAUCAUUAGAGUCUGUGGACAGUGUACUUGCCCCAGUUGGAGGAAGUGGACGUGUCAAGUACACUUGUCUCGAUGUCUCUAGACGAUACCUUGUGUUGGGUGCCAACACUGGUAGCAUCUACUUCUUUGAGAGGAAGAUGGUUCAGUCACAACAACAUCAACAUCAACAACAGUCGAUAAUGCCAAUGCUAUUAAACAAUGACGGAGUGGUGUUCAAUCAGAUACUGUCAUUCAACGACAUUAGAGAUUCGAUAACUAGCAUCAAGAUCAAUCCGACAAAUGACAACUUGGUGGCCAUCGCCACUCAAAAGGUGAUCUUUGUCAUUGAGCCCAACCUGACGAUACGAAAGGAGAAGGAGAAGAUUCUGUUCAAGAUGACCGACCAUCCACGCGACACAGAGACCACUUGCAUCGUAUGGUCACCGUGCGGCAAUUAUCUUCUUAGUGGUGAUGACGGUGGCAAUGUAUUUUGCUGCUCCAUUCCAAAGGCUAGACGUGCUUUCUUCUUUAGUGCAGAACCUGUCUGCAAGUUGGACUCUAGAGUGGUUCAGUUGGACACUAUCCUGAUAGCAAGGGAAGGCGCACCUCAACAACCUACCCAGACGACCACAGCGGCAGCAGCCGUUUCACAGACAUCAACACUCUCGAUCCUGGCAUCCUCUCUCACCAAGACAUCGAUCAUCAACUACCAAAUUGGCUCCAAUGUCUCUGGAAAGCUAUUGACCACUGUCCAGGUGGGCAAGAAGCUGAGAGAGAAGCCUACCAAGCAGGGUGCUUGCUUCCAUCCACUCUCCACCACCUCUGUCUAUGCCUCGAGGCCUGGAAAGAGAUUAUGGUUGGCUGACAGCGUUGAAGGAACCGUGUUGUCCACGAUGAACUUUAAGUCUGGUGGAGAGGAAGGAGCAGUGGUUGUCACACCAAUGCCUCUCUCAUCUGACCUGUCCUCACCAAUGUUGCCCCCUGGUGUGAUGUCCUUUGCCCGUUUGCUCCCUUAUGGAGCGUUCGUAGUCUCAUUCGACGAGAAGACUUUGCUUCUGAUCGACGUCAAUGAGGUCGAGGUGUUGGAGUGGAGAGUCGACAGCACUCUCUUGCAGGACCUUUGUGUUUCUGAUGAUGCCAUUUACAUUCUCCAUGGACCAAACAGAACAAUGUCACGUGUCUAUCAUGCAUCAACUCAACAACAACAUCAACAGCAGCAACAACAACAUCAGCAGCAAAUCGCAUUCACUGUCCCAACAUCUGUACCAGUACCUGUACCAAUACUUUCUUCGACUGUAGCCCAACAAACGGCUAUGGAGUCAUCUCCAUCAUCUGGCAUUGUUUCAAAGCCAGCUACCCAGCCAUCAGAAAUAACUCUUACAGAUGACACCAAGAUGAUCACUACAACAACAGAUGUCGCUACAUUGGUCGACACCCAAAAACCACCAUCAUCGACAAACGGCACAACAACCAAUCAACCAAUUGUGGUUGUAGAGAAUGGUCAUAUUGAUGAACCAAAGAAUGAGAUAGCAUCUGAGCUCUCCAAAGACACUCCCUACACUUUGACCGAGGAGAAUUCGGCAGACACAAUCAGUUUGACCAACAGCACAAGUUCAAUGACACUUGAAGAUGUGAUCGAUCAACCACAGCAACCCAACGACACCGCCGCCACAGCUGUUACCCCUACGGCGCCUCAACCCUCAACCAACUUUGGUCAUACCAGGACCAUAUCCAAAGAGAACAUCUUUGCGCAGAUUGAGGUGUCCAACAACCCACUGGUGAUUGCGACCACUUCCACCACCAGAAAGAAGAAGAAGAAGCCAGAAGGCCUUCCAGUCAAUCCACUCAAGACCUCUGGUGCAGAUGUACCAAACACCACCACUGCUGGUAGCUCCAUGUUGUCGUCCUCUCAAGAUCAAUCACUCAACUCAUCAUCGUCAUCCAUCACAACAGAGGAUGCUGGCAAGGGAGAGCCCACAUUGGAGUUGAAGAACUCCACUGGUGUCAAACGUACCACCGUCAUCAUCAAGAAGAAGGUGAUCAAGAAGAGCACAGCAAACAGUAGCAGCAGCAACAUUGUGACACCAACCUCAACUCCAACCAUGUCCGAUAAGCCACCCUCACCUACCAAACCCGAGCAACACCCAGUGACGGACACCACGUCCACUGCCAACCAACCUAAUCAGCAACAACAAACUCCACCAUUGAGCUCAUCAAACUCAACAACAACAGCACCAACACCAUCUCCACCUUCUCAGCUUGCUGGCCUAAAGACCAGUGGAAUAUUUAAGGGAAUCAGUGCUGCUACGAACUCUAUCCAGGAGAUAAGACAACUGGCCGUUAACAAGAUCCAAAAGGUAGACCUCAAGUCCGAGUUCUCGACUAUAUCACAAAAGAUCCAAUCCAACUUUGGCUCAGUGACUAGCACCCCAACUACAUCGACACCUCCAACGCUCGAGCAACAUGUUGAUCCACUGGCCCUUGAACCAACCCAGCCAGCUUCAGUUGAGAAUGUCCAGCCAGUCGCACAACCUCCACCACCACCCGAGUUGACACCAGUAGAGCUCCUCGACAAGCUCACACGAUCGACAUACGACGCAAUGCUCGCCUACCACUCAAAGAAGAUCGAGGCCGGUGUCCUCCCACUUCUUCAGCCAUGGCUACAGGCAUUCAACCGUGUCGAGUAUGUAGCACCUUCGGAAAUGGUGUCCGAGAUCAUCACUGGAUGCUUCUUGUUGGGCGUCAACCCUAUGUCAUACGACUCACAGGGCAGGCUUUGUCGUUGUUGGAAUGAGACCAGUGCUCGAGAGACGAUAAGGAAAUACUUCACCUAUCUCGACUGCAACAAGAUAUAUCCCUACGUCAAUGAGAGACAGUGGGACUCCUGUACAGACACUUUGUUGGACAUGGAGACAUUUGCAAGACAGAACUCAAAGGUCAUUGCCACAUUGAACACCUUUAUCGACAGCAAUGAUGGUACUGGCUGCAUCCAGUAUCUAGAGAAUCAUCUCGAUGAUAUUGGUCUGCUAUUUAGGUAUAUGGAGAUUCUUCUCGAUUCACAGACCAAGUUGUCUACACUUUUCUACGCCAGCCGCUAUCCAGUGAUUCUGCCUCGCAACAUUCUAAAGUUUGUUGAUCAACGCCCCGCAGCCCGUCUAGCCGUCAAGUUUGAGUACCUAAACCACCUGAUGAUCAAGACGCCCGAAUGUCGAAUGGACACCAAUCUCAUGGAGGACUGGUUCCUCUCCAACCUGGUGCAUUUGCAGCCACCCAAGGAUCAGUUGUUCAUUACCAAUGAUAACAUACCAGAGACUAGACGACCUAGAGUCGGAGCACAUCUCAUCGAAUGGAAGCACUCUGUUCAAUUGAUGUCCAUCAUCAACAAGGUCGUCAGCAACGAGUACAUAUUCAACAUCUCCCGACUGGAGCACCUGUGCGAACAACAUGGAUUCUUUGAGGGACUCCUGGCCAUCUACAGCCACCUCUACAGAACAUUUGGCGCCAAGUCACACAGCUACAACGAGGAACUCCGCAACCAAUAUGUACAGAAGCUGCUCAACCUAGUUGUUGCCACAGACAACAUCGAUGCCCUCACCAAGGUCAUGGAGAACAACAUUGACCUAGCCCUGUGGACAACACUGCUGGAGAAGAUGCAGGAGCAACGUGACUACUACAACAACAUCUUCUUCAAUCGUGACACUGCCUUUGCCAUCUCUGAGCCGUUUGCCGCACGACUGAUGGGACGUUCGAUUGGUGCCCUACAAGCCAUUGACCUGCUCUUGACCUCCUCGCUGUUUGAAUCUGCCCAACUUCCAUCGGAGCUAUUCUCGGAAUGGAUACGCAAUGGAAAGUGGACAAUGUACAACAGGAAGUCAAUCGCACAUGAAAUACUAUCUCGUUUGGACAGUUACCUCUGGACCAAGAAGCCUAUGAACCUAUCUCCACAGAUCUGGUCUCUGGUCGUAGAUGACCUGAAUCAUUUCCAUACCCCAACCGGUCUAAAGGCACAUCAUCAAACACUACAGCAACAGCAACAACAACAACAUCAACAACAAGAUUUGAUUAGUUCUACCGAAUUCUUUGAGGACUCUAGCUUCCACUGGGGUACCGAGACCGAGCUGCACGGUGGACAAUGUCCAGUGUGCACACUGCCGCUCAUCGAGAACCCAGAGUCUAGCUUCCUUGGUGUGACUCCGUCCAGUGUCAUUGUUUUCCCAUACUGUGGACACUCCUACCAUCAGUGCUGUAUUGAAGAACAAGGUUGUCUGCUAUGUUACUCUCAAAGA